AUGGCGGCUCAAAAUGGAGAGAGUUCGCCGUGCGGCGGGGUGGGGCCAGGGCACUGCGGUUCCGCCUCGGCGCUUGUCUGUUCGUCCCCGUAUUUCGUUGUGCAGAAGCACCCGAGGAGCGCGACUCGGGGUUUCGGACUCUACGCGACUGCCGCCUUACCGGCAGGCUUCACGUUUCACGAGGAGGCCCCUGUGUUUGCUCUCCAGCAAGCGAUGAACAAGAGUCUCAUCCGCGCAUGCUGCUACUGCCACCGCGUCGUGGGUGACGUGGGUCUGCAGCUGCGCCAUUUCUUUGCGGCGUCGAAUCCCGACGCUCACGCGCGCCUGAACCAGAUGCCCGCGGACAGCCUUCCCAACCCGAUCCUCAGCGCCGCCGUCAUGUGUCCUGGCGGCUGUGGAGAGGCGUACUGCUCCCAAGACUGUCAGGCUGCCCACUUGCAGCGUUGCCAUCGGCUCCUCUGCGUUGGGCCUCUGGGCGACAGGCACCCGCUCGUGGUGUUCAAGAGACUGGCGCUCGAGCAGACCGAGAAUAUUCUCCUUGCUGCCGAAGCUGUCUGCGCGGUUGUGGUUCUUGCCGCAGAAAACGUCUGCAUUUCCGUUCGGGGAGACGCACACCCCGGAGCUUUCGCAGGGGGAGCAAAUGAUACCGCGCAGUUCUUGCAGGGGAACCCCGCGGACUAUCGGCGACUCGUAGUCGAAAGGUCUCAAGAAAUCCGUGCAGAGGCUGAACGGUUGUUCAGGGUCUUGCUAGACUACGCGCACGAGCGAUGGGAGUUGCUGGGAGAGGAUUCCGACGACGAAGAUAUGGACGAGGACGGACGCGAGGGCACUUGUGAGAAAGAGCGAGCUUCUGUGCUCGAGACAGCCCGACGGCAGCUGCAUGCGGCGUUCUCCAGCGGGGGCCGCAUGACCCCCGCUACGCCGGGGCCAUGCGGCUCCCCCGAACACCAGCCGGAAGCGCGGAUCGUCGCAUCCUUCUUCGUGGACUCGAGUGAGCUUCUUUCACGGAUUGCUGGGCUGUUCGAGAAGAACAACGCACACGUCGUCGUGCCGUCCCCCGUGAACGCUUACUUCAGAGCCUUGCUGGCUAGUCCCGAAGCGAGAGGCCCGGGGGCUUUACGAGAGACUCUGGAGUUCAUCCUACGGGAGAAGGAAACUGCGAUGAUACGCGUCUUCGGAGACGACGACGAUGGCGAUGAUGAAGAAGACACAUGUGAAACGCCUGCGAGCAGCGAUCAGAAAGAAACGCGCAGACGCAUGCUAGCCACACGAUUUGCCGGCGUGCCGUCCGAGGCUCUGCUGCCUGCGGAGGGGGGGGGUCAACAGGGGGAGGUGGAGAGGCCGAGGAAGGCCUUAGAGCGAUUAUACGUCCGCAUGCCUUUCCCGAUGUGCAUGGGACUGGCUUCUAUCCAUCUAUUGCGCGUAUGA